CACCCAGUCGUCCUCCGAGCCGUCUCCGCUGCGUCAGAGCCUCUCUGGCGGUAUAAAUAGGAGCGGGCGCGAGCAGCAAGCCGCAGAUCAGCCUUUUCCCUUUCUGUUAGACGGCGGCUGCUUCUCUUUUUCUCUCUCCUCGCCCCUUUUAGUAGCGCCCCAGCGGCCUCCACCGCCGCUGCCACCAUCAUGAGCACCUUCGGCUACGAGACCUACUUCCCCUCCUACAAGCGGCGCUACGCGGAGAGCUCCCGGGUGCACCUGUCCAGCUCCCGGAGCAGCAGCGGCGGCGGCGGCGGCGGCAGUGGCGGCUAUGGGAUGGCUCGCUCCACUUACUCGAGCUUCUCGGCGCCCGCCUCGUCGGUGCGCCGGAGCUACGCCUCCUCGUCGGCCUCCUCGCUGCUGCCCUCGGCGGAUAGCCUGGACCUGACCCAGGUGGCGGCCAUCAGCAACGACCUGAAGACCAUUCGGAGCCAGGAGAAGGCGCAGCUGCAGGACCUGAACGACCGCUUCGCCUGCUUCAUCGAGCGCGUCCACGAGCUGGAGCAGCAGAACAAGGUGCUGGAGGCCGAGCUGCUGGUGCUGCGGCAGAAGCACUCCGAGCCGUCGAGGUUCCGGGCGCUCUACGAGCAAGAGAUCCGCGAGCUGCGCCUGGCCACCGAGGAGGCCACCCACGAGAAGCAGGCGCUGCAGGGCGAGCGGGAGAGCCUGGAGGAGACACUGAAGGCCCUGCAUGCGCGCUACGAGGAGGAGAUCGUCAGCCGGUAUGAUGCCGAGACCCGCCUCCUGGAGGUGCGCAAAAGCGCCGACGACGCGGCGCUGGCCCGCGCCGAGCUGGAGAAGCGCAUCGACAGCCUCCUCGACGAGCUGGCCUUCCUGAAGAAGGUGCACGAGGAAGAGCUGGCCGAGCUCCAGGCCCAGAUCCAAUACGCUCACCUCUCCGUCGAGAUGGACGUCUCGGCCAAGCCCGACCUCUCCUCCGCCCUGCGCGACAUCCGCGCCCAGUACGAGAAGCUGGCGGCCCGCAACAUGCAGAAUGCCGAGGAGUGGUUCCGCAGCCGCUUCACCGUCCUCACCGAGAGCGCCGCCAAGAACACCGACGCCGUCCGCGCUGCCAAGGACGAGGUCUCCGAGAGCCGGCGCCUCCUCAAGGCCAAGUCGCUGGAGAUCGAAGCCACCCGCGGCAUGAAUGAAGCCCUCGAGAAGCAGCUGCAGGAACUAGAAGAAAAGCAGAACGCCGACAUUGCUGCCCUCCAGGAUGCAGUCAAUAAAUUAGAAAAUGAACUAAGAACUACAAAGAGUGAAAUGGCUAGGUAUCUGAAGGAGUAUCAGGAUCUUCUCAAUGUGAAAAUGGCUCUGGAUAUUGAAAUUGCAGCAUACAGAAAACUUCUGGAAGGCGAAGAGACCCGGCUUAGUUUCACCAGCGUCGGAAGCAUUAGUAGUGGCUAUACGCAAAGUGCCACAACCUUUGGAAGGUCAGCCUACAGCGGUUUACAGAGUAGUUCCUACCUGAUGUCGGCCCGCUCCUUCCCUUCCUACUACUCUAGCCAUGUGCAAGAAGAGCAGAUUGAAGUUGAGGAGACGAUUGAAGCAUCCAAAGUAGAAGAGGCAAAAGAAUCUCCCCCUUCAGAAGGAGAGGAAGAGGAGAAAGAAGAAGCGGAAGAGGGAGAAGGAGAGGAGGAGGAAGGGGCCAAGGAAGAGGGGGAAGAGGAAGAAGAAGGGGAGGGUGCAGGAGAGGGAGAGGAAGAAGAGGGAGGAGAAGAAGAAGCUGCUGAGGAAGCAGAUGAAGAAGAGAAGACGGGAGGUGAAGAUGAACAAGAGGAUACUGGUGAAGAGGAAGCCCCUAAAGAGAAGAAGAAGGAUUGAUGUAGACUUGUAUGUAGGCUUCCCAGAUAGUUUAAAUGACUGACCUGAAAUUGCUGUGCCACAUAUUUAAAUCCUCCUGAUGUUCUUAGGUUUAAAGAAGUUGUCACUUACUGUAUUUUUUUUCCUUUUGAUGCAAAGUAACGCUUGCCGUGUGUCCCACUGGCUGCUGCCAAUCUAAGCAUGGUGUCUACUUAAUGAGUCCCAGAGCAAUAUGCAAUUCGGCUGAUUCAUACCCUAUAUAAAUUAAAAAGUGGGGACCACUGGUGGAGGGGGAAAAUAUAUAUGUCCAAGUAACUUUCAAAGUUGUUCUGGAAACCAUAGGUGAAAAAUAAUAAAAGUAUGUGCAAUCAAGCUAUUCAAUAAAG